AUGCGUCGGUGUGUUGUGGCAUUUCAACGUCGUGCGGCUGCGCUUUUUGCGAGCUCACCCAUCAGUUAUCGUAGCAAUUCAUUUCGACCCUUUACUGAAAAAGAUGAGGAUGACCUUGUCAGGGUGGUGAAAACCAAGCCGCACCACGUCCUCAAGCACGUACGCCAGCAAGUCUGGCGCUCAAGAAGACGCGAAGUGCACUUUAGAAACACCGUUACGCAGCUGAUGAUUAUUUUGCAGGAGUUUCUCCGCAAACAGAUGAUCGACCCCGCACAUGCCUCGCAGAUCAUAGAAGGUGUUCUCGAGGAAUGUGUGACUUACUCUCAGCACGAUAUGGCGCACCUCUUGUUCCGCGCAUUUUUGCGCUUCCGAAAGUACGGAUGCGUCAUCUCCGUCAACGCCAUUCGCCACCUGUUCGAAUCCUACAAAACGAUCAACAGCGCCGAGUUGAUGCUCCAACUCGCGCAGGAGAUGAAGUCGGAUGUCGCGUUGCGGCCGCUCUGCGCAGCUGCCUAUCUGUUCGCCAACGACGAGGCUGCAGCUGAUGCGCUUCGCGAGGGGCUCUCGCUCGUGGAGCUCCCCAAGGAGGAUAUUCUCGCGCUGGUCGCCGGUUACGAUCACAUGGGAAAGACGGAGAAGUUGUUUGAGAUUUUGGACAGCCUCAAGGAUGGCGCGAGGGAGCCUGCGGAGAAGGCCGAGGUCUACGGUGCGCUGCUGCGGGUCUUUCACAGGCGCAACGACGACGCGUCGUUCACGCGCGUUCUGCAGUCCGCCUUGGAGGCGAAAGCGCCGCUCGAUAACGCGACCUUUUCCGUUAUUUUGCGGCGUAAGCUGCGUGGCGUGGCGAGCGCGGAGGAGAUUGAAUCCAUUGAGGAGGAGCUGAAAGAAAACGGCUACGUUCCGGAUAUCACGGGGAACUCCAUCAUCAUUACGGCCUACGCCCGCCUCAUCCGCUAUGGCGAUCACGGUAGUGAUGAGCUCAUGCUGUCGAAGGUCGACAUGCUUCUCUCCUCGAUCGAGUCGCGUCUAAAGGAAGGGGAUCCCGACAUGGAUAUCAGUGCCGCUCACAUUCGAUCGAUCAUUCGCGGCUACGGCGCGGCUGGGCGGCCGGAGAGUAUCAAAAACGCCUGGUCUAAGCUCCAAUUCAAGGGCUUGACCGACGACGUGGGCAUCUACAACGAAAUGCUGAAAUGGUUUGCCUUGAUGGGCAGCGUCAAGGACGUGCUCGCCUUGAAGGAGGAAAUGGAGCGGGAGGGGGUGAGGCCAGAUUCCACCACCUACACAUGGAUUCUGCGCGCGCUUGGCAAGUUCUACCCGCGCCAUGUCGAGGAGAUAUCCAAGGAACUGGAAACACGGCGGGUGCGACCAAACAUUUACCUCUACAACACGCUAAUUGGUAUUUGGGGGGACCUUCAGCAGUUCGACCGUGUGGCUUCGCUUCUUGAUGAGAUGCGGAAGCGGGAGGAGUCGAGCACGCUGCAAUUCACGGCGAUCACGUUCGCGGUGCUCAUCCGGGUCUACUCGAAGGAUGUGGCAAAGUCCGAGGAGCUCUACGCGGAGGCGAAGAAGCGGAAUUUCGCGGAUCACCCGCAUGUGCAGACGAGCAUGCUGCACGUCUACGCCACUGAUGCCCUGACUUCCAACCACGAGAACGGGAAGCUUGAGAAGCUUCUCGCCGAGAUCCCCUCAUGGAGCAUUGAUGUCUACAACGUCCUCCUGAACCUGUACGGCCGGCAGAAAAACCGCGAAAAAUUCGAGGCGACCCUCCAAAAGCUCGAGAACGACGCCGUCUCGAUGAACGACGUCACGUUCGGGACGCUCAUCACCGCCUUCGCGCGCUGGGGGGAGGUCGCGCGGGUGGAUCAAACGAUCGCCCUCGUCCGCGCCCACCAUGGGGAGGUCACCGCGACCUUCUACUCCGUCCUCGCCUCCUCGCUAAGCCGGAUGGGGCAGACCGGCGGGGUGCAGGAGGCCUGGGAGGACCUCCUCGCCUCCCGUCUGUUCCCCGGCACGGCGGUGUACAACCAAUUCCUCACCCUUUACAGCCGACAGGCCGACCUGGCGCGGAUGCAAGGGGUGCUCGACAGCAUGAUGGCGCAGGUCCCGCCGAACCCCGUCACCGCGACGACGGUUCUCGACCUCCUCGGGAAGUCCGGGCAGGUGGCGGAGAUGGAGGCGCUCUUUGCGGAUAUGAAGGCGAACACGGACACGCAGCCGACGGCGGUCACCUAUCAUCAGGUCAUGAACGCCUACGCGAAGUCGGGGGAGGUGGAGAAGAUGGAGAAGAUCCACGAGGAGUACCUCCAGAAGGGGUUCACGGACAGCGCCGUCACGAAUAACAUCCUGUUGGACGGCUACGGCCGCGCAAGGGACCUCGUGCAGAUGGAGGAGGUCCUUCAGAAGCGCCAGGCCGAUGGGAUCCCGCUCGACGACUUCACCUACUGCGUCAUGGUCAACGCCUACGGUAGGGUGAAGUCGGAGAAGGGGGUGAUCCGUCUUUUUGAUCAAGUGUCUGAUCCUGCCAACGCUUCCGCCCCAUCAAAGCGGGUGGUUUGGUCGUGCUUAGAUGCUUUCUGCCGUUGCGGGAACACCGAAUAUAUGGAGAAGGCAAUCCAAUUGCUGCAGAGCGCGAACGCUGACAACAAGUUGCUUCCGUCGGAUAGCAUCAGGCUCAUUUCAUACUACUGCCGGGCCGGCCUCAUGGAGAAAGUUGAAGAACUGGAGAAGGAGCUCACAGGUCGUGACGAGGCGCUGAGCUACAGCGCGCUGAAUACCAUGGCGCGAGGCUAUGCGCGCGUCGGGCGUUUUGACAAGACCGUGGAAGUCUUGCAUCAGCUUCGAGAUCGAAAUCUGGUGCCGGAUGCCUCAACCACCUUGCACUUGUCGGGAGCAUUUUUGAAGGCUGGAUUGCACGAACAAGCGAAGCAGGUCAUUGAGUGGCGGCGCCAGUAUGCAAAGCUGGCUGAGAGCAGCAAAGCAGUUGUAGAGGGUAGUGAUGAUCUAUAG